AUGGAUAAGUGUCUUACUUUAGAACUAGUACAUCAAGCUAAUGAAGGAUACAAAGUGGAUAAGGGCUUUAAAGAUCAAGCUUAUAUUGCAGCUUGUUCAUCUUUAAAUUCAAGCUUUAACCUUUCUCUCAGUCGCGAGCAUUGUGUUAAUCGCUUAAAAACUAUCAAGAAAAAAUAUAGAUUGGUACAUGAAAUGUUGAGUAAAAGUGGAUUCUCUUGGAAUCCAAUGACAAAAAUAGUUGAAUGCAGUGAUCAAGUAUGGACUACAUAUGUUGCUGCAAAUCCAGAUGCAAAAGGAUUACGAGUGAGGAUGAGUAUUCACAUCUCUUCGAUCCCAUUGACAACAAUGUGGCAAACGACGUGGGGUGACAUAGAAGGAAAUGAAUUUGGAACUCAACAAGGCAGUACUAGUAGCCAAAAACCUACACUUGGCAAGCGCAACCACAGAUCUACAAAGCUAGUGACAGAGCAGUCAAAGAAGCCAACAGGUGCGGAGCUUGUUACUGAAACAAUGGUUGCCAUUGUAACUAACAUGGUGAGAUUGGUUGAUGCAUAUGAGAAGAGUAAGCCUUGCAUAGAUUAUUUGGAACUUUACAAGGCCGCAAUGGAUGUUGAAGAUCUUGAUAUCAAUAGUCGAAUGACUGCUUUUGAAUACUCGAACGGAGAUCCUAUAAAAACCAGAGCAUUUCUGAUAUAUCCUCAAGAUAUGAGCUACUUGUUUUUAAUUUGA